AGACCUGCUGAGGCCGUACACUUGUGUGUUGGUGGUGCGUGGUGGUUGACUGUUAAUUGGAUAACGGAGUGUCUUAAACUGUCUUUAUCUUCAUAAAAAUACUUUCAAAAGUUGUGUUGGAGAAAGACAAGUGACAACAACCACUUCUUCAGUGUCUAAACUAACUCUGAAACCAUGACGUGCUGUAAGGGACCAGGUUACCCAACUCCUCUCGAGGCAAUGAGAGGUAAAAGGGAAGAGAUUAUGUACGUGACAUGUAUAAUCCCACCAGAGAAUCGUAACCGCCCGGAUUAUCUAGCUACUGUUGAUCUUAAUCCAGAAUCUGCAACAUAUGGAACGGUCAUCCAUCGUUUGAAAAUGCCACACAUUGGAGAUGAAAUGCACCAUUUUGGCUGGAAUUCUUGUUCCAGUGCUUGCAACGAUGCAUCCAAGAAAAGGGACAAAAUUAUUUUACCCUGUCUACUGAGCGACCGCAUCUACGUUGUGGAUAUUAAGGACAAUUCGAGAGAACCCAAAUUAUAUCGAGAAUUGAACAACCUUCGUGACUGGGACUGUUCUGCCCCUCAUACUUCUCACUGUCUGGGAAGCGGAAUGGUAAUGAUCAGUUGUAUGGGCGAUGCAGUCGGCAACCAUAAAGGAUCUUUCAUUCUUUUAGAUGAGGAUUUCAAUAUUGUGAGAAGAUGGGAAAACCAGAAAUGUGAAUUUGGCUACGAUUUUUGGUACCAGCCAUUCCACAAUGUCAUGAUCAGCACAGAGUGGGGGUCACCAAAAUGUUGGCGCAAGAACUUUGAUAUUGCAGAUGUGGAAAAGGAAUACGGCAGAAGUUUAAAUGUCUACAACUGGACAACUCGUGACCUCGAACAGGUCAUCGAUUUAGGACAAGAUGGUCUGAUCCCGCUGGAAAUUCGUUUCCGUCAUGAUCCAGAAUCACCUGAAGGAUUUGUCGGAUGUUGUUUGGGUUCAUCCGUUUACAGGAUCUUCAAAGCACAGAAUAAGUGGGCAGCAGAAAAAGUCAUACAGGUUCCUCCUAAGACCGUCGAGAACUGGAUUUUGCCAAAUAUGCCAGGUCUCAUAACUGAUAUUAUCGUGUCUUUGGACGACCGAUUCCUGUAUUUUAGUAACUGGCUGCAUGGUGAUGUCAGGCAAUAUGACAUCACCAAUGGUAAGAAACCAAUUUUGGUUGGCCAGCUGUUUCUUGGAGGCUCCAUUCUGUCUGAUAGUAAAGUCAAGGUUAUCAAAGAUGAAGAACUGAAAACACAACCAGAUCCUUUGUACAUCAACAACAAGAGAGUGUAUGGUUCUCCACAGAUGUUGCAGUUGAGUCUUGAUGGUAAACGACUCUACGUGACAUUUUCACUCUAUAGUGGUUGGGACCAACAGUUUUAUCCGGAAAUGACAAAGAAUGGUUCUGUGAUGCUCCAGGUUGAUGUCAACACUAUCACCGGUGGCCUUACCCUCAACAGAGACUUCUGCGUGGAUUUCCGUGAUGAACCGGAAGGUCCAGUUUUGGCCCAUGAAAUGCAUUAUCCUGGUGGAGACUGUAGCACAGAUAUUUGGUUAUCUGAUAAGCAAAACCCCAGUUUAUAUCCUCACAAAUUAUAAAAUAAUGCAAAAACAUAGAAAAGAAAAAAUAUAAAAAAACCCCCCAAAAACAAACAAAUGAAAU